GUUCCUGUCUUUAGACAGAUUUAAAGGAGUCAGAUUCCACGUGAUCUCACUUCCUCAUAUUCUAAUAGUUCUGUUUCUCAAGUUCAUCAUCUCGCUGCUAAAAUAUUCAGAUAUAUUUGAGCUUUUAAUGAAGACAGCUACAUUUUUGUCUCUGUUGAUGAACAGGAACACUGUUAUCUGAAUCAUAAUAAUAUGUAAUCAUAAUUUAUAUUUAACAUAUCGAACUUAAUUCCAUGGUAAAGGAAACUAUUAUUUGUAAGAACAGCGCUUCGCGUUAUUACAAAGUAACUCUCACACAAAGAAGUUCAAAGUGAUUAUUAUAAUUAUCUUUAAUGUAACACUGUGUUCCUCACGCAUGCCCCGCUCUCAGCCAAUCAGCGCCGCCGCGCAGCCUUCACUCAGACACCGCAGCCAAUCGGAACGCGGCGUGACGUCAGCGCCGCAGUGAGCGGGGAUCGAGGGCGUGAGAGAGCUGUUGCCGGAUGAGAGAUCAGAGCAGCACAUGAGCGCGCCUUCAUCAUCCUCCGAUACUCGAUUAAUUGAUAGAUCGAUACAUCAUGUCCACGCUGGAGGAGUACGAGCGCGCGCCCAAGCGCCUGAAGGUGUCCGCUGAGGAGGAGGAGGAGGAGCUGGAGGAAGGCGAGGAGUCAGACUCAGCAUCCGCGGGGCUCCUGGGUGACGAUGAGGAGGAUGAAGGACAGAACAGAGCGCGCUGGAGCUGCGCGGAGAGGAAGGACAGCGGCUCUGAGACGCACCGCAUCGCUCCGUCUCCCGUCGUCCACGUGCGAGGUCUUUGUGAAUCCGUGGUGGAGGCCGAUCUGGUCGAAUCCUUGGAGAAAUUCGGAAACAUCUGUUAUGUGAUGAUGAUGCCGUUCAAGCGGCAGGCUCUGGUGGAGUUCGAGGAGGUUCAGAGCGCUGACCGCUGCGUGGCGAGUGGCUCGCAGGAGCCCGUCUACAUCGCCGGACAGCAGGCCUACUUCAACUACUCCACCAGCAAACGCAUCACACGACCCACCAACGCCGACGACCCCAACAGCGGGAACAAAGUGCUGCUGCUGUCCGUCCAGAACCCGCUGUACCCCAUCACUACGGACGUUCUGUACACAGUCUGUAACCCGAUCGGAAACGUGCUGCGGAUCGUGAUCUUCAAGAGGAACGGGAUCCAGGCCAUGGUGGAGUUUGAAUCCAUCCAGAACGCUCAGAAGGCCAAAGCGGCCCUCAACGGGGCCGACAUCUACGCCGGCUGCUGCACGCUGAAAAUCGAAUACGCUCGGCCCUCACGCCUCAACGUCAUCAGAAACGACAACGACAGCUGGGACUACACCAAACCCUUCCUGCUGCGCCGAGAGCGUGGUAAAGGCCGUCAGAGGCAGGCCAUCCUGGGAGAACAUCCAUCCUCGUACAGUGAUAACGGAUACGGCGCUCACUGCCCCCUGCUGCCGCUGCCCAGUAAUAACCGCUUCAAGCGCGUCUCUCAUGAUGUCACAGAGGUCGUGACCUAUCCACUGCCCCACACAUCUUCAUACAUGAGCCCCGCCUCCAGCUCCGUCGCCAUGGUGAGCGGCCUGCAUCCCGCCAAGAUGAACUGCACUCGCAUCUUCAACCUCUUCUGUCUCUACGGCAACAUCGAGAAGGUGAAGUUCAUGAAGAGCGUCCCGGGAACAGCUCUAGUAGAGAUGGGUGAUGAGUACGCAGUCGACAGAGCAAUCACACACCUCAACAGCAUCAAGGUGUUCAGCAAACGCCUCAACGUCUGCGUGUCGAAGCAGCACGCUGUGAUCCCCAGUCAGGUGUUUGAGUUGGAGGACGGCUCCAGCAGUUACAAGGACUUCGCUAUGACUCGUAACAACCGCUUCACCAGCGCCGGCCAGGCGUCCAAGAACAUCAUCCAGCCGCCCUCCUGUGUGCUGCACUUCUACAACGUGCCGCCCUGCGUCAGAGAGGAUGACCUGCAGCGGUUGUGCACAGAACACGACGUCCCAGGAUUCAUCAAAUACAAAGUGUUUGACGCCAAACCCAGCUCUAAGACCAUCUCUGGCCUGCUGGAGUUCGACAGUAAGACUCACGCUGUGGAGGUUCUGACGGUCCUCAACCACCACCAGAUCCGGAUCCCCAACGGUUCGAACCCGUACACACUGAAGCUGUGCUUCUCCACCUCCUCACACCUCUGAGCCAGAGCGACUGAUACCACCGUCUUCAUCAUCUUCAUCAUCCUCACCUGCUGAGACUCUCCUUCAGAAUAAGCCCUCUUUAGUUUUUCAUCUGUGACCCUGAUCAAACCAGGAAACUGACACACACACACACACAUAAUAUAAUGAUGUCACUCCAAAAGAGGUGAUGAAGGACACUGGUGUUUGAUGACAUCAUCAUCUGAUCUGGACCGACUGAAGACGUGAUGAACACUUUAUUAUUUAUGUGUACAGCAGCGGGUUCACUAGAGACUAACGGAUCCGCCGCUGGGUUAACCCUUAACUAGUCACAUGAUCCAGAUCCAGACACACAUCACAUGACUGCUAGUUAGUUCCGCUCCCCAUCUCUCUGUUCAGUUCCUGCAGAUCUGAUGAAGCUCUUCACUGUAAAACACUGCUGCUCCUCCUCAGGAUUUCCAGGUUCUUCAAUCACGAUACUGGAGAAACAAAAUGACUUAAAAUAAGAAAGAAGUCUUGUUUUCUGAGAAACUGAGAAUCAAAAUCAGGUGAGUUUAUGAUUAAAAGAAGAAUAGAGAAAUCAGCUUAAUUCAAAUGAAAGUCUUCAUUCCUCAUUGGCAGAUAUUUGUUCUUGUUUUAAUCAUGAACUCUUCAUAUCUUGAUCGUGCGCCUACAGUAAACACAUCUCGAUUUAAGGAGGUUUAAAACCAGACAAAACUACAGUACUUUCUUUGCAGUGUAUGCAACACUUAAUGUCAUGAUUUCUGAACGAAUAUGAAUUAUGAAGACGUUCUGCUCUGAUUUAAAAAUGUUUUCAGGCCUUCAUUUGUGGAAGAGUGAAACGUUAUACGACCUGCAGAAACCUGGACGUGAAGCCUUCAGAUCCGUUCUGGACCUCUUUAGUUUGAUUUAAAUGCAGCGGUCAACAGUGAGAAAAUACAUUUAUUCAACUGAAAGCAAAACAAAAAACAUCACUAAAUAAAAUCCUAUUUUCAAAUGUGUAAAUAAUAUGAAGGAACUGUAUCUAAAAUGAACAAAGGGCAAUAAAAAAUACUAAUUAAACAUUUUUAUUAAAAAAAUAGUAUAUCUCC